AUUCUGAGUAAAUUGAUAAUAUUGAGCACUUCCGUCGUAGGAAAAACAACAUCGACAUAUUCAGACUUCAGCGUAUUUUAACUCAUAUUUCAGUGCCAGUACUUCUUUAUUCUAACAAAUUGUUGUUGUAUAUGGUCAGUGACGUUCAUGCUGUUGGAUAAUCCUGUUAUUCUGGACAUCAUUCCAUGAAAUGGAUCAGCACUAUCUAAGUAUUGAUUUAAUUAGUCGGAACUUGAGAACUGGUGAAGUAGAGAAGGAAAUGAAGAGCAAUAAUUUCAACGAAAAUAACCAUUUUAGUGAAAUGUCAACAAAAUAAGUUGGAAGUCCUUUAUUAAUUCCAGAUAUUGAUUUUGCAAGUAACUUAACUGAUUAUUCAAGGAACUUAGGAAGAACUAGAAUGAAAUCUACCAACACUAACUCUUAUAAGGAGAUACUUAUCUUGGAAGGCUGAUGUCUGAUUAAUUUGACAAGGUUUAGACUAAUUGCAUUAGUCUUAUCAGACAGACCACAUGUUUCUAAUGAAUCUGAUUAGGACAAAUAUGAAACUGCUGUAAUCAGCUGCCUAUAAAAAUGGUCAAAUUAUCUGCUACACUGGAAUAACAAAUAUUGAUAGGGCACUUGAUAUUCCAAACACAACUCAGAGAAGCCUUGUCACGCACUUCAAGAGAAUGUCAGUGCAGUCAGAAAUGUGUCAGGCGCCAACAGCUCAGGAUAUUGGCUGUGUGGAGAAAGUUGUGAUAUCCAGAAAUAUGGGUGAACCAUAUCGCUCAAAACUUAUUCCUACAACAUCUUUUAAACCGGUGAAUGAUUACAACUUGUCACAGCUGGCAUUUGAUUUGUACAUGGCAGUCAUUUCUGGAUACCAAGAAGCUGUGAGGAAUAUUUUGAUGUCUCAUCCUGAUGUUGAUGUCAACAUCUCUGUGAAAGGAGCUACAGUUCUCUCGCUGUCCCUACAGAAAAGACAGUUCCAUAUAUUUUCAAUGCUUAUAAAGCAUCAGGAGAGGAGCAAAAAAUUUGAUUUGAACAAAUGUAGUAAAGAUAGUUUUAAUAGAGUUGAGCCACCUGUUAUAACAGCAUGCAGAAUGCAUUUCUUUGAAGGUGUUGUAGCUUUGAUCAACAAUGGUGCUGACAUUGAUGCUACAGAUCAUCUUGGCCAUACAGCAUUAUGGGUGGCUGCAAGACAACAAAUGCCUGACUUAGUGGAAUACUUAAUUGUGAAUGGUGCUAGUGUGAACAAAACUGAUGUUUAUCAUCACACCCCACUGAUUACUGCCAUGAUGUACCGGGUUAGCUCUGGGAUCAUUAAAAUGCUCAUCAUGAACGGCAGUAGUCUGGAAGGUCCUCGCUACCCGGCAAACACACAGCUUUCUCCCUUGUUCUGGUCACUGAAAUACAAAACACUAGAAAUUCUGAAAUUGCUCAUUCAUGUAGGUGUUUCAAACAGUGAAAUUAGGUAUGUUAGAAAAAUUCUGUAUGCUCGGAAUGGAGAUCCUCAGCUCAUUGAACUGUUAGAUAUUGAAGCAAAAACACCAAGAACUCUAAAACAGAUCUGCAGGAGGGAGAUCAGAAAGCACAUAAGUGAUGUUUGCUUAGGAAAGACCUUCAUUCACAAACUCAAAGACUUGCCAAUACCAACAGUGUUAAAACAGUAUUUGGCUUUGAAGUUGUGAAGAAAAAUUAUUUUAGGUCAUAAUGCCAUCUAUGUUAGCAUUGUUUGUUACACUUAAUGCGUAAAAGAUUUUAAAUGUCUAAAUUGUAUGACAUCCUUUCAUAGCAGACAUUCUCACAAACAUUUAUGAAAUGCAUUUUGUUGUAGCUUUCCCAAUUAAUCACAUUUUCUUUCUUUAGAGUUAGCUUUGAAAGUCUAUUUUAAUAGUUGUGGCUUAUUUAACAAAAGGAUGUCACUAAUGAAUCUCAACAUUCUUUUCACAUUUUACAAUAGUCAAUGUAUACAUGAAUAAGACGUCUUCAUGGGUGAAUGUGCUAUGUUAUUAGAAAACACCACCUCUACUGACCUAUAAGGUCAUGGUCAAAAUGUUUGCUGAUAAAUGUUUUAUUGUUAAUUAAUAUCUAUAUUAUUUCCUUUUGGAUUUUAGUUCUUGAUUUGCAUUGUCUCUUAACAUUGGGUUAAUGACUAGUUAUACAUGAUAUACAUGUAAUGGAAACUACAUGGACAAGUCACCAAGCAUCAUAUUUAGCCGAAGUAUAAAGUCGCAAGGAUGAAGAACAGACAAGACAUUGAACUAGAGACACAGGCAAACACAACAUUAUUAGACAAUAAGUAUUUGACAAAAAUAUCAAAAUAUUGUUAUAACUGAAUGUUGGGGUUGAUAUUAAAUUCAGUACUUUAUCUAAAAAAAAAAAAAAAUGCUAA